AUGCACAAAACGACAUCAAAAUUCGCUUGUUUACUGGGCUUCCUAUAUCAUUACGGGAUAGGUACUGAAGUAAAUUUGGAAGAAAUGUUCAAAUGGUACUCAAUUUCAGCGGAAAACAAUGAUCCGAUUGGCCAAACACAACUUGGAUGGUGUUAUUCUGACGCAUUUGGUACCGAGGAAAAUAAUGAAAAGGCUUUUUACUGGGCAAAAAAAUCUGCAGAAAAUGGAAACUAUACGGGAGCAUACAAUCUGGCGGAUUGUUACCGUUGGGGAAUCGGAACACCUGUCAGUAAUCAGGAUUCGUUUUAUUGGUAUAAGCGAUCAGCCGAGGCUGGAAUGGAUUGCUCAAAGUUUUGGCUAGCGAGAUGUUUUCGGAAUGGUUGGGGCACAAAUAAAGAUAUUCAUCGAGCUUUACGCUUGUAUCGCGGAAUUGACCAUUCUAAGGAUGAUGAAUUGAUUUCUUGGGCUUUUGAAGUGAAAGAUGUCUUUAACGCUAAGUCCAACAAAAAGCUGAGAGAUAAGAAGGCGUUUCAAGGGAGAAGAUUGGACGAGUUAAGAGAACAAUGGCGAGAUGACCUGAAAUAUGCGGAAACACAAACGCCGGAACUUCAACACUCGGAACGUUUGGUAUCCGGUUUGUGCGCUUAUUACAAGCCCUUCAAUGCAAUGAAUCAAUCAAACGGAAUUGCCAGCGCUUUGGACUCACAAUAA